UACUUAUAUAUGACUGCCUCGACCUGGUUUCCCUCGUGGCAGUCAGUCUAAGGCAUCGACUUCCGCGUUCUCUCCACCAACACUCGUUCCAUUCCUCUUUCUCCCGUUUCCCGUGGCCUACGGUUCGCUUGGCCCUGUGUGGGUUUCAGCUUCACUAGGUCUUUCGGCACACCAAACUCUGCUCUUCAAGCUCGACUACUCUCGGUCCACACCUAAGAAUCUCUUUCAGAGAAUCCUCCAUUACGAUGUCGGCUGCAACUACUGCCCCCAUCAUUGGCACUGCCAGCUUGGCCUCACCCGCCAAAGCUAGUACCGAGGUUGCGGCCCUCCCUCCCGGGUUCCCUGCCCGCCUGGCGGACGAACUGGCAUGGACGGGACGGGACUUCGCCAAGUCGUCCGACCACAUUCUGACCUUGGACGACGUCCACCACGCGGAGAUCAAGGCCGCUCUGGAAAGCUUCAAAUCUCUUGACCAGGACGGUGACCUCGUGGAGCCAGCCAGGUUCCCGCUCCCAACUCUGGGCCCGAAGCUCAAAGAGCUCAGCCGGGAUGUGCACGACGGCAGAGGUUUUUGUGUCAUUCGAGGCAUUGAUCCUGCUACGUACUCUGUUGAGGACUUGACGCUCGUUUACCUCGGCGUCCAAUCGUACAUCGCUGAACAGCGUGGCCGCCAAGACAAGCGCGGAAACAUGCUCGUGCACAUUGUCGCCGACAACAGCACAAAGAUGGCGGCAGAACAUCACCGCCACUCUACCAAGGCAAUCUCGUUCCACAACGAGGAAUCCGGCGAUGUUGUCAGCUGGUUGACACGCAGUACCGCUGCCGCGGGUGGCAAAUGCAUCAUUGCUUCGGCUUACACCAUCUACAACGUUCUGGCCGCCACCCGUCCUGAUGUGAUUCGCACUCUGGCUCGGUCUGAUUGGCCAUUUGCCAUGCCCAGAUUCCAAUGCCGUCCGGUCAUUUUCUACCAGGGGUCGAGGCUCAUCAUGAACUUUGGCCGCGCCGCUCUCAUGGGCAGUGAGGCCCACCCCCGCCCUGAGCACCUGCCCUCCCUCACGGCCCGUCAGGUGGAGGCCUUGGACGCAAUCGAAACCAUUGCCCAGGCAACCCAACUGGAGAUUCAGACGCAGGCUGGGGACAUGCAUUUUAUCAACAACCUGGCUAUCCUCCACCGCCGGGAGGGAUUUGUCAACGGCGAGGCUCCGAGCACGAAGCGUCACCUGGUGCGUAUGCGCCUUCGCAGCGGAGAUCUGGGGUGGUCAAUUCCCCGCGAGCUCGAGACCGAGUGGGAGAAGGCCUUCAACGACAACGCUCCCAAGCAGUGGCACGUGGAGCCGAUGCCUCCCUACUUCUUCCCGAUGCGCCGCUAUCCUAAUUGAACGGACCCGGUGACUUCAAUCUUCCCCAUCGUCAUCAACGUACUUUGUCACUCCGUCACGUGCUUUCUCUGUAUGUGA